AUGCUUUCUGGGCGCAAUAUGAUUGAGCUGCGGAUGCAUCCACUUCCUAGUGGAAUUUCUUGUACUGGGUUCACUCAACGGCGAUAUAUGUGUUGUUCAAAGAAAGCAGUGGACUUGAGGUACCGCGUUCAAUAUCUCGCUACCCGUACACAUGUGGUCUUUUUGUCUUGUGGAUGCUUCUCUUGCUCUAGUGUUGAUCAACCGAGUCAGCGGAAAAUUUAUCCGAUUCCACACAAUUUAACUUGCAAGAUUGCUGGUGUUGAUUAUGAGUUGCCAAAUGAAGGACAGGGCGUUUCAACUCCUGAAGAAAGGGAUGGAUUUGAUGAAUCAUGUUCGGAACAGAAUGUUAAUUGGGUCCAGCAGGAUGUUGCUGGCAAUGCUUCUUCAAGAGUUCCCAUGGAACAUGAGAAGAGGGUUGAGAACAGAUUAGUUUACUUGGAGGAAAGGAAUGAAGAGACGCUUUCAGUAAGGAUGUUGAAUCUUAGUAGAUCAAAUAAAGCUAGAAGCGCUUUGGAAUUGUACAAGUCCAUGGAAAUUUUGGGUCUUCGUCCUGAUUCUCAUGCAUGUAAUUCUUUUAUCUCGUGCCUGUUGAGAAAUAAAAUGCUCGAUGAUGCCUUGAGAACUUUCGACUCCAUGAAGGCAAGGGGAAUGGCUACUGGACACACUUGUAGCUUAAUUCUGAAAGCUGUUGCUGAUGCACGAGGAUGUGAUGCAGCGCUUGGCAUGUUUGAGGAAAUUGACUGCAAAUGUUUUGAUGCUGUUGUUUACAACACCAUGAUAGCAGUGUUUAGCAAAGUUAACAACUGGGUUCAGACUGAGAACCUCUGGAGAAAAUUAAGGGAAAGUAGCCAUUUGGGAACUGUGGUCACCUAUCGCCUUUUAGUUUGCACAUUUGUGCGCUGUGGACAGAGUGAACUAGCUUUAGAUGCAUAUCAUGAGAUGAUUCAAAAUGGAUUCACCCCAGGAAAGGAUGAAAUGCAAGCUAUCAUUGGAGCAUGUAUGAAAGAGGGAAAGUGGGACUUGGCUAUCACUGUCUUCCAGAAUAUGUUGAAUGAUGGAUUGAAGCCAAAUGCAAUUGCCUGUAAUGCAUUAAUCAAUUCCCUUGGUAAAGCUGGCAAAGUGAAACUUGCUUUCAGGGUAUAUGAGAUGAUGAAAUCUUUGGGUCAUGCUCCGGAUGCAUACACAUGGAAUGCUCUGCUUGGUGCAUUAAACAAAGUAAAUAGACAUGCCGAUGCUGUUCAGCUCUUUGAAAGCAUUCGCAGGGGGCGGAAGUCUGAUUUGAGUAUAAAAGUAUACCUCUCUGUUCUGACAUCUUACCAGAAGCUGGGAUUGUGGGAGACAGCUUUACAGCUGCUUUGGGAGAUGGAAGCUUCAGGGAUGCCGCUUACUAGUGCACCAUAUAAUCUUGCCAUUGGAGCUUGCGAGGCUGCAAGGCAGCCAAAGGUAGCACUGCAAAUAUAUGAUCACAUGAUUCAUCAGAAUUGCCUUCCCGAUAUAUUCACUUUACAAUCCCUCAUCAGAAGUUGCAUUUGGGGUUCUCUUUGGGAUGAAGUAGAGGACAUACUAAAUCGGAAUCUGACAAAUGCGCCGUUAUUCAAUGCUGCUGUUCAAGGAUUAUUUUUAAGUGGAAAUAAUUAUUUGGCCUUCAAAAUGUAUGAGAAAAUGAAAGAGUUGGAUCACAAUGCUGAUAACAAAACAAGAGCAUUGGUGCUGCAAAACCUUUCGAAAAAUUCUAGAAGGAGAUAG